CACUCGUGUGAAGUCGUUCGGAAACACUAGUGGAGUGACAUCCCUAGCCACCAAUCCACCCGACGAAAAAGAACAUGGAGUCGGUGGGACUAGCGAGAGAAUCUAGUUUUGGCGCGUGUUAUUUCACUAGUAGAAGGACGGCAUCGUGCUGUAAUGAUUGGGGAUCUACCCGUGUUUAAUUCUAAAGGAUUGCUUGUGCAGGAUGUACAAAGUGACAAUAUUAUCGUCGUGCCUAUAUGUGAGGAGACAGCAAAAUUCUUCAAUUUGCAGCUUACUGAGGAAUCACCUAUACAUGACAACGGUGGUCCAAAUUCUGCUGACAUGGUUGAAUUGGGUGAGACAACAGUUCCAAGUACGGCAUCCUGGAAGAACGAUAAUGAAGUGAGAUGCCUUAUUAAUCUUUGGCAAGAUCACCAAAACCAUUUCAAAGAUAUGAAGAGCCGGGAUGUAUGGCUUAUGAUUAGUAAAGAAUUAAAAAAUAGUAAUCGAGAAUGGAAUCAAAAAUCUCCUGUCCAAUGUGAAAACAAGUGGAAGGACAUAAAGAGGAAAUACAUGGAAACGAAAGACCAUAACAAUAAAUCUGGGAAUGAUCCUAAAACCUGUAAAUUGUACGAAGAAUUGGAAGAAGUUUUAGGCGAACAGCCGUGUGUUAAACCCAUUACUGUUGCCUCGAAUCUUAUCAAGAGGAAGAGAGCAGAUAUAAAAGCCAAAGAUCCAACUUAUUUCGAGGAGAUGAGUGAAGAUUAUGAGUCACCAACUGAAGGUGAAGAAGGUCCUUUAUCAAAGAAAAGACAACGGAAGAUAACAAAAGUUCAAAGAGAGUUGCAAGACUGGUCCACUGCUCUUCUUUCCGAGGCGAAAUCUCGAGAAGAGGCGAGGAAGCGAUGUCACAGAGAGAACAUGGCUGAAUCGAAGGCAGCAAUGGAUGCAUAUAAAGAGAUGAUGGGGAAACUUAUUGAUAAGUUGUGUUUUUUUGUAUUUCCUCGUUAACAUUUUAAUGUUUAUUUAAAUGUUUACUUUGUUUUACAAUUUUAAAUACUGUUUUUAUACGAGAUGUAAAAGGUUUGUAUUUUCAAAGAAUUUUCUAAACUGUGCAAUAUAAUUUUAUAAAUUUUACAUUAUACAAUAAGUUUUGAGUAAAACCAACUCUAUUAAUUUCGCUCUAACUUAUUGCAUCACUUCAGGAAGUUAUUCGAAAAACAAUAGAUCUAUUCAUAUAGAUAAAAUGUUUUUUUUUUAAUCCUUAUGAAACCUUAAUGUUCUACUACAUAAUUUAUAAAGUUAUACGUGUUAAAGCAUGAAGAUGAUUAAGAUUUAACUAAACGUAAGAUCCCAAGUAACAUAUGUUGGUUUACACAUUUUCUAAACGUAUGUAACGCUUUAUAACUGUAUAAGUUUGCAGAAAUGUUUCUUAAAUGAUGUGUGCUACUUGGGAUAUAACAAUUUUGUUAGUAGUAAGUUACAGUAAACGUCGAUACUCAUAUUCUAAACUUUUUUGAUUAAGAUGUCGAUUGUGUAUUAUACAAUACAGCGAAAAGUACAAAAGUUAAGUAUUGUGCUACAUUGAUUACUAAAAUUUUGUUUAGUAAAAUUAUAGAUACUUUAAUGAUUGUGUGAUAUAUGAUCGAUGCUCAAAUAACAUAUAACAUAUGAGGCUGUGAUGCAAAGACUCAUUUAUUAAUAUUAAAAUAAAUAUAUUUAUAACAGUUGUGAUAAAAACACUGAUAGUUAUACGAAUUUCAAAAGUGGACGUUACGGACCUUUAUCUGUUUUCUCAUUCAACUUAACCAUGUCAACAGAAUUUGAACCACCGUUGUUAUGUAAAGUUCGCUAUAUUUUAUGGUGCAAUCGUCCUUGUGUUUCUUUUUUUAUAGUGCUGAAUGUAUGCUACUGCUAAAUUCUAUUAAAUGUUAGUAUGUAUGUCUCAAAAGUAUCUUAAUGUAGAAACAUAAGUUUUUGUUAAUAUUUUUGAAUCAUGUAAGACUGAGUUCUGUUUGAAGAAAGCUUCUGUGUAUUAUCAGAAUAACAAUUUUUUUGUUA